AUGUUGCCGGCGCAGCCCGACGGAAGCCCGUCGUGGCAACUGGGCUCACUCGCGUUCGUCGUCGGGUCGUCCUCUUCAGACGACGUGGACGCACGCAAGGCCCAGAGGAAGGCCCGCAACCGGAAGGCCGCCGCCGCCUCACGGGACAGAAAGAAGGAGCAGCUCGAACUACUUCACUUGGAGGUGGAGAAGCUCAGAUCUGAGAACGCCGGGCUGCGCCGCAGAUUAGAGGUGAGCGGCGGGGCUCUCGACAGCCGAAGACACGCCAGCGCCGCCAGCCGCACCCGUACUACCCGCACCCGCGCCCGCGCCCGCGCCCGCGCCGCCGCCGCCGCCGCCGCCCUUCGUGGCGACAUUGCAGCAGAUGCUGCUGGCCGGCGGCUCGUCGAGCAGCCCCGGCCGCCUCUCGAGCGAGCUCUCGACCCUUGUCACUCUCAGCACGCACUUUCAGAGGGAGGGGGGGGGCUGCGGCCAGGCAGGCUCGCGCGGCAACCCCAAAAGGCUUCGGGCUUCGAGGAGCACCACCGCAGGCUGAAAGACGAGCGCGCUUGAGCACCGUCUCCGUUCUGUCGGGGUGAGACCACAACUAGAGGUGCGCUGCACACACGCACGCCGCGCGUAUACACGAUGUAUGUGUCACCUGCUCGCGAUCACCUGCAGCUCUGUCUCACAGCUAUCACACGCCUCUCCAUGAUGCCGCCCAUGAGAGCACGUGCUCCUCUGACCACCGGCGAGCGGGGUGACGUGUGCACCGUGAGACCUCGCCGCUCUCUCCGGCUCUCUAUCUUUUGUCUUUGCCGCCGGCGGGGCGCGCGGGGUUCCCCUGGUCUGCCGGCAGGGAAACCUCUCCCUGACCUCUGUGGCUGAGCUCUCUGUGGAGCACUUGGAGGCCGAGACAUAUGUGAAGUGCAGCGCAGCCAUAUUCUCCCCAAUUACAAAAAUCUCGCUGUGUGCAAUGAAGUCUCACACCAGACAAGGGGCCAGGUGUGCGGGUCACGGCACACGGGCGCUGCCGCGCUGGCCGUGUCCAUGUCCUCCAGAUCGUUCAUGACGCAUGAGCCCGCGCGCCGCGCACAAUACAAAUCCCGGCUUCAUGUGCGGUGGCGGCCUCGCACCCUGGGCAACGCCGCUGCAGCCGCCGCCGUCGUUCUGAAGUUGUCGGUCGCUCCCGCGACGCGAGGCGCUCAUCGCGAAGGGGAGGAAGGGGCGCGAGGAGAGGGGAGGGGAAGGUGAGGCGCCUAGCGCAGCCGCGCGGCAGCUCGAUGUACAAGAGGGCACGCCGCAGCGACGGCAAUAGUGGGCGAGGUGAAGUCGGCCAGGCCGAGGGUGAGCGUCAAAUUGACGCCCACCGCGCCCCCUCCGCCGGCCACUCCGUCGGCGCGGAGCGGCGGUGCGGCGGCGGCGGCGAGGCUCCCCCCCUGCGGCGCGGCUGCCCUCGCGGAGGGCGGCACGAGGGCGGCGUCGCAGUCGCAGGCGAGGGUGAGGGGCGGCAAGUUGCUUCUACCGCGCGCGAGGCGGCCGCCUG